AUGAUUCCGGUUUUCAGCGUGGCGGGUCAGAGGACUGGCAUAGUAACACGUGCGCGGUUCUCUCCCGCCCCGGCGGAUCACAGGGCGGUAUCUGUAGAGACUGAGGGGACAAUCACGUUGAUUGACCUACCAAGCUUAAAGUAUGCCACGAGCAAUUGGUACGCGGUAAAGGCUGGUCCUUUUUCGCAGGCGACCCACUCACCGCUAGAUUUCGCUUUCAGCUCCGAUGGGCGUCUGAUGUUUGUGGCGGAUUCCGGCGGCAAUGUGUCUCUAGACGCCGUGAAUGACAUCGGGAAUCACUUGUCGAGGGUGCAUAAGCACCUCAUCUCCAUUGAAAGCGCCCACGAUGGAGGCGUGUUUACCAUCGUGCCAUCCCCGGCCUACGAAUUCCUCCUUUAUACGGGAGGCGGCGAUGGGAUGGUGCGACUCUGGGAUCUCAGGUUCAUGGGAAAUGGGAACCCUAUGUUAAAAUUCGCGCAGGGUGGGGCCACGGAGCAGGGAGCACAUCCGGCCUCCACGAAGCCGGUGCAUGAAAUGUGGGCUCACAAAAAUGCAGUAUCCGCCAUCUGUUUCCCAGAAAAGAGCCUUAUGCUUACAGCUGGAGUUGAUGAAAACAUAAGGUUAUGGGACAAUACGCAAAAAACUGUUAUUGCCACCAUACGGAGCUACGGAACCGCCCUGGGUAUAUGGGAUAUCGCAUACAACCGGCCGCUAGACAGAGCGGUAGUGGUAGGGCAGUCCACGGACGUAUGGGCGUUCCACACUAAAGACUUCUGGGGGACCAGCGAGCCGGAUCAGCAUGACAUGGUACAGAUCGAAUUCGAAGACGACGACAUCAACACCGUCGGCGCCUUCGACAGAUGGCGCAAACCAUGCACCCACGGUACAAGUGUCAUCAUACCCACCCUCAACAACCGAAACGGUGCCAAAGUGUUGUUUAUUGACGCGAAGACGGGUAAAGAGUCACGGAGAGUCACCACGGACAUCGUCGACCGGGUACACACAGUGGACAUGCAUCCAAAUGUGUAUUCUGGGCUCAUGUUGACAGGAGCCGCCAAAAAUGCUUGCGCUGUGGCUACAGUGUGGAUGGAGAGCGAGCCAGAAUGUGCCAAAAAUCCUGAGAUGAGCCGCGCGGCGCCGACGUGA